UCGGUAUUAAUAUUAUUUACCAUAAUUGUUGUGUAUACGAAAAUAAAUCACACAGAAAAAUGAACUCGUUAAUAUUAAUCAACUAUUUGGAGCAGCAAGCGGUAGGCAACAGCAAAUUACAAGAACUGUUGGCUCAGACGGCACAGUGUUUGGUGCGCAAAGAAGAGAAACGUAAACUGGAGAAUGAAUUAUUACAAGAGACGCUAAUCAACACAAUGGACGUCUAUGAAUUGGAAAGCAUUCUGAAACAGUUAAAAUUACAAUACCAACAACAAUGCGCGGUACAAGAAGAAAUGUUAACCGUUUACAAGCAUUCUGUCGAAUUUUGUGUGCAAGUACAAAAUAUUGAUUGGAAUUCGCAAUUACAUUGUAAGCUGGAACUACUGCAAUUGAAGUGUCAGAAUGAGAUACGCGAACUGAGCGAAGAAUAUGAGGAGGAAAAGGAACGUAGAAAAGCGUUGGAACAGCGGCCAAUAGUUCAAAAAGUGCGUGCUGCUGAAAAUGAGGUUGCCAACAUUCAAGCAAAAAUAGACAAUGCUAAACAACGUGCUACUGCUUACCAGAGCAAAUUAUUGGAGCAAUUAGACAAGGUUCAAAACGAACAAAAUGCUAUAAUCGUUUUGUUAGUAAAAGGAAGCAAAGAAAUAGCAGAAAAAGAAGCAGAGCUUGCAGCUUUGGAAAACGCUUAUAAUGCCCAAAGAAAGGAUUUGAUGGCACAAAAGCAGGAAUUGAUUUCAAAAAUGCAGACAUUCAAUACGAAGCUCCCCGUUUACGUCAAUGCAAAUGAGUUGGAGCCGAGUUUAGAGAAAACCGCCACAAACGACGAUUUCACGCCAUCCAUCGCUACGAAGCUUGAUGCAUUUCCUAUUUUUGGAAAUACCAUUAAUGCGAACACAGAUGUAAAGCCGAAAGAAAUCAGUUUCUUAGAUCUUUUCAAAGAGUGGGAGUUACAGAAACAAAAACAGAUCCAAGAGCUUGUAACCACUACUGCAUAUUCUGAUUUCACUUCCAUCGUUCCAAAUUUGACUGUAAGCUAUGACUCUGAAACGGACCACACGAAUACAAUACCCGAAAGUGGGCCAAAAUCCAUACUGCGACGUCCAAAUAUGGCCGAGGAUGAGGGUGCUGCUUUUAUACCCAAAAAACGUGUACGUUUUGCCACUCACGAAAAUGUAGAGAAUAAUUUGGAUUUCAUUUCAACACGCCAUGCGAGCUUCAAUCCGCUUGAAUGUGAUAUUGUUGCCGAACCCGGUGAAGAAAUUGAAAAUGAUACAUUUUUGGUUGAGGAUAACGUGCCAACAUUUAAUGGUGAUACUGAGACCAUUGAAAUUUUCAGUACGGAUGAAGUCUUAAGAAAUGAAAAUAAGAGCGCGCACAGUGAAGAAUUAUCCGGACAGAAACAGACCAGGCCGGAAUUCGUUACGGCGAAGAAAUUGCUCAGGAAAGCAAGAUUACAGGGCUCGCAAAGGCAAUGCAAAGUUCACACGAUUUGCAGUGCUGUCGAAAAAAAGUCAAAAAUCGAAAUUCGCGAAUGUCGCAUAGUUAAGCCAGCGGGCACUAAAUUGCCGACGAAAUUACCCAUAGUUCUCACACCAGAACCACAGGCCCCAACCACAAGCUCAACCAUUGCCAUAGAACCUUUACAGUCGACCAAGAAUAAAGUGUUCAAAACACCCCCAAUACCAAAAGUACGAAAGCAACAGAAAAUACCAGACCGUAACAACUUCUUCGACGACUUUUUGAAGGAAUCUAGCGUAGAAACAUCUCAAACAGAUUCCGAGGUGGGUACAAAUGCCGUUAAAGACCCAAAUGCUAUGUUAAGCUUUGUUGAGUCCACGGGUACAAGUGAAAAAUCUAAACGCAGGGGUAAAAAGUCGUCAAUGGAUUUUGAGAGUUUCUUCCGCGAGACCCUCAAGGGCUGCAAUGAUGACAGCGCUGCUUUGCAGUUGUCACCCACUGAGGAGGACAGCGACCUACUGCAGUUCGAUUUGAAUUUUGCUGACAAUAACGGCUUAUCGAACAGCAACUAUGAGGAUUUUUUCGCUGAUCAAGAGAACGCUGAAAAAGAUGAUGACUUGUUGUCAUUCAACUUCAGUGAUUAGUUCGACAGAAAUGUGAAGAUAUUUUUAAUGUCUCUUCUUAUUUGUUGACAUUUUGUAAAUCGGUGUCCUUAAUCUAAAACGAGAAAUGUAUACUCUCGCAGUAAAUUUAAUUGAUUUUUAUUUGA